AUGAAUUUUUUACCGGAACAACAUGAAUUUGAGAAAGAAUUCCGUCGGGAAGAUGGUUUACAUGAAGGAGGAGAACAGGAUGAUGAUCUGGAGGAUGGCGAGGAUGAAGAAGAAGGCGUGGAAGAGCAUUUUGACGAUGAUUCGCAUCAGUAUGACCAUCAUUAUCAUGAACAACACCAGCACCAACCUCACAAUGAAUUCAUCAUUGAUCAAAGUCUAUUCGAAACAACAACGGAUUGGUCUAAUAAUAAUGUAUAUUAUUUAAACAAUUCUUCAACAUUGUCAAUAAAACAACCCGGUCAAUUUGAACAAGAUUUCAUGGUAGAAAAUGGCGGCGGCGGCGGCAGUAAUCAAUAUUGUUUUGAAGAAUGUCUUGUGGGAACUACCAGUGGUGACACUACUACUAGUACUACUGAUACUACUCAUAAUAGUAGUAAUCAUCAUCAUGAAUAUUCAACCAAUCGGAAUUGCCCUAGUGAAUUUGAAAAUUCAUUGUUGAACUAUUAUUUCAUUGUCAAUUCACAACAACAACAACAACAACAACAACCGGUAUCAUUGGACAAUUGA